CUUUAAUAGACAGACUUUUACUGUGAAACGCAACGGUUGAACGUCCGGGUCGCUCGUUCACGAACAGGAACUGCUCUUAGCUUCUAUCCGUGGUUGUAAGUGAAAUAAGGCAAAAUGCAAACGUCUCUUGUGAACAUCGUUUCACUGCAGGUUUUGUUGUCGUUGACGUGUUUUCAAGAUGUUGUCGAAGCAGCCAGCGGGAAAGGCUUUGGAGAUAACAUCCACUGGAGGACGCUGGAUGACGGCAAGAAAGAAGCUGAGACCAGCGGGCUGCCAAUCAUGCUCAUCAUCCACAAGACCUGGUGUGGAGCCUGCAAAGCACUGAAGCCCAAAUUCGCUGAGUCCAAGGAAAUCGCUGAACUUGCACACAACUUUGUUAUGAUCAACCUCGAGGAUGAGGAGGAGCCAAAGGAUGAUGCCUUGAGCCCUGAUGGUGGAUACAUUCCUCGGAUUCUUUUCCUUGACCCCAGUGGUAAAGUCCAUCCUGAACUCGGCAACAAAAAUGGGAAUCCAAACUACAAGUACUUCUACAGCAACGCAGAACAUGUUGUGUCCGGUAUGAAGGAGGCGCAGGAGAAGCUGACGGGCGACGCCUACAAGCAGGGUCACACUGCAGACGAGCUGUGAGGAGGCAGAGCCGGGCAUCGGGCUGCAAGGCCACACUUCCACUUCCUGAGCUUCAGAGCGCCCGGUUUCACUUCCAAAUUAUACUCAUAUUUUAGACACUGAACCAAGCCAACCAUUAAAAUUGGUGGUUGAGUAUUUCUUUCUGUCUUGUACGUUUUUUUUUUCCCCAACACGAUUACUUGUUUUCCUGUCAUCGUCUUUGUUUUAAAACAUGUAUAUUUGUAAUCUACUGUUAUGAAAUACCAUGUACUGUACUUACUGCCUGUAGAGGAGGUAACCAACUCAAGCUAGCCAAGUUAACUAUCAUUAACUCUUAUUUUUGUACACUGUUGUAUGGAAACGUCACAUCUGGAAAAUGCCACGUUUAAGUAAAUUGCCUUGUAUGUCACUAGUCAACCAUGAUAUGAGUUAUUUUGGUUUUAAGAAGUUUCAGACACCUUGGGAGUCAAAACUUUGUAAUUCACUUUAACCAGUUGGGUUGUGUUUUUACCCAACAGCAAUGAUAAGGUACUCCUUUUGAUCAAGAUCAAAAGUGCUGCGAUGUGCUUCCAGAGAUCCUCUGCAGUAUGAUAAUUAUGUGCAACAGUAUUUCACCCUUGCACUGCAACAUGGGUUCUGUACUUCUGAUUUCUACUAUCCAUAAUCUUUAAAAUAAUCAUUUUAAACCCGCCGAUUUGUGCUAUUUAGAUCUAUCUGAAUGAGGGAUGGAAACAUUGGUUAUGUGUCUAGAUGUAUUUUAUACACGUACACAGCCAAGUGUGCAAAUAAAGUUUGUUGUACCGA